GUGGGGUGCUCAGGGCCUGCAGGAUUGAAUCCUGAAGGGAGAAGUCAGCCUGCUUCCUCAUUAUUCAUCAUUUCUGCAUCUGACUUCUUCAGCCUGGCCACAUAACAUUGCUCUCCACCGCCUGGUCUGCACUCGCCUGCCCUGCACAGCUCAGCUGGGAUGAAGGGGGCUCUUGGACCCCUCCUGCUCUCCCUCCUUCUGCUCCUCGAAGCUGGAGGUUGUCAAGAAGUAGAAGUGAAGGCUGCUGUUGGGGAGACGGUUCAGCUUCAGCCCAAGACACGGCCGUCAUCUUGGGUGGCAAUCAACUGGAAAGUGAAACUACAUUCAGAGCACUACUGGAUCCUCAGACAUGAUCAGAAUGGCACCUUGACCAGUCCGUUUCUGCCUUUUGCUGGCAGAGUCUCUUUCCACCCUGGGAAUCUGUCGCUGCAGAUUAACUCAGUCACAGAGAAAGAAAGUGGCCUCUACUCCAUGGACGUGAAGCUGAGGGAUGGCUCUGGAAUCACCAGUAAUUUUCAGCUGUUUGUGCUUGUUCCAGCCUCAUCACUGUCCUACUGCCAGGCCAAGGGGCUUGUCCUGCUGCUGGUACUAGGGGUGCUGAUCACUGGGACCAUGGUAGUGCACAUCGUGGCUAGCAAGCAGGCAAAACGGGACUGAGCAGGAUCCAGCCUACACCAGCCCUGCUCCCCUCUGGGAUGGAAAGCCUGGGAAAGGCUGCAGCACAGAGCAGAAGAGUCCAGAGAAUCUGUGGGGUGCAUUUCUGAGUGUCAGCACUGCAGGCCCACAUGUACCCCGGCACACAGGGUGUCCCCCACAGCUGCCUCUUGCCCUGCCCAGAAGGGCCAGCAGACUUCGGCACCCCAUCUUCAGGCAGGGAUCGGCUGGACUCAUGGACCCAAAGUCACAGGCAUUACAAAACACUGCCCCAAGGCAGCUGUGGCCUCUAAGCAAAGCUUCCCUCUCUGUCCUGUUUCUGUCUCUGAACCCUGGCAGGGGCAAUGCUUCCCCCACCCUCGCAAGACCCCCAUGGGGCUGCACCACAGCCCUCAGGGCACGCUCAGCCAUCAGCAUCGCCCAUGCCAUAGUCCUUGCAUGCCAGGCUCUUCACUGGCAGGGCUAGUGCUCAAGGCCCCCCCGCCACUCCAUUUCCCUUUUGCAGCAAGCCCAACCCCAUCCACCUAUGGCAGAGGAGAGCUCCUGGACCAUCACAUUUAAUUGCGAGAAACACAAGUCUUCACACUUGGACAAAUCCAAAAACAGGAACCAGGCAAUUUAACAAUUGUGUUGUGAUGGUCACCAUUUUCCUCCUUGUUUUGUUCAGACUUUAAUUGGCUAACCAUCAAGGAAAAAUGAUUUGAAGCUAUACAAUUAAACAGCAUAAAACAAGACAAAAUUGCCAGAAAUCCACAUUGUUCCCUGUCAACUGCAGGAUGGUGCAGACUCCUUGCCAUCUAUCCCUGCACUUCUGUUCCUCCUUGGACACCUGCCCUGACCCCUGCUCCUGCUCCUCUGUCCAGGCAUGACACCAGCCCUGGGGAGGCUUCACACAGGCUUGGACCCUCAGGUAGGGACCUCGCAUGGUGCUGUGUUGGGACCUAGAGGCCUUCAGGCCUGAGUUUUGACCUCUGUGAUUAUCUUAAGCUGAACACUUAGCUUGUGGUCAAGACAUGCAUCCAAUGAAAGGAGCAGAUGGAAAAAUACUGUCCCUGGCUAAAAACAAAUUGGAGAGUUGGCUAACUAAAUUGAAUAAAUAUAGCCUGAGCAAAGGAGGAACAGUGAGAGCAAACCUACCCCAACCUAAGAAUGAAAAGAGGACCUUGGAAUAGAGACUCCUAGUUAAAGGUAACCACAUUUGGCAAACAGAAGGAGUGUCAAGUGCAGUCCCCCAGGGAUCGGUCCUGGAGUCGGUUUUGUUCAAUGUCUUCAUCUUGGACCUGGAGGAUGGGAUGCAGUGCACCCUCAGCAAGAUUGCAGAUGACAUCAACCUGAGGCGAGUAGUAGAUAUGCUGGAGAGUAGGGCUAUAAUUCAGAGUGACCCAAACAUAUUGAAACAUUGGACCAGGAGGAGUCUCAUGAGGUUCAACAAGGACAAGUACAAAGUCCUGCACUUAGGAAAGAGCAAUCCCAUGCAUCGGUACAGGCUGGGAGCCAACUGGCUGGGCAGCAACUACACAGAAAAGGACCUGGGGUUACUGUGGACAAGAAGGUGGGUAUGAGCCAGCAGUGCCCAUGUUGCCAAGAUGGCUAAUUGCAUCCUGGCCUGCAUUGGUAGGAGCGUUGCCAGCAGAUCAAGGGAAGUGAAUCUUCCCCUCAAUUCUGCACUGGUGAGGCCGCAUCUGGAGUCUUGUGUCCAGAUUUAGGUCCCCCACUACAGAUAGUAUGUGGACAAGUUGGAGAGUCCAGCAAAUGAGAACAAAAGUGGUUGGGGGGCUGGAGCACAGGACUUAUGAGGAGAGGCUGUGGGAAAUGGGCUGAUUUAGUCUAGAGAACAGAAGACUGAGGGAUGGGAGUGGGAUGAAUAGCAGACUUGAGUUCCCAGCAGAGGGGUCCCAGAGAGGAUGGAGCUGGGCUGUUCUCAGUGGGGGCAGAUGACAGAACAAGGAGCAAUGAGCUCCAGCUGCAGCAAGGAAAGUUGAGGUUUGAUAUUAGAAAGAACUUUCUCAGGAGGAGGCUGGUGAAACAGCAACACAGAUUACCUGGAGAAGUGGUGCAAUCUCCAUCCUUGGAGGUUUUUAAGACCCAGCUAGACAAAGCCUUGGCUGGGAUGAUCUAAUUGGGGCUGGUCCUCCUUUGAGCAGGGGUUGUACUGGAUGUGACCCCCUGAGGUCCCUUCACACCCUUAUUUUCUAUGAUUCCAUGACUGAUAAUAUGCACUAGCAGAAAGGUUUGAGUUGAUUUUCUGUAUUAAGAAAUGCAAGCUAUCUGGUAUGUAAAGAAAGGGGAGGUCAUGUACCCUCCUGAACGAUCUGGUCGUGGAUCUAACAUCCAUAUCGCAGACGAAAGAGUUGGGAACCUCAGUAAAGAGCUCAUGGACUGGCUGUGCACUGACGUCACCCUCCAUUCAAUCCUGGGGUGGUCAGCAUCUUUUCUUGCUUUGCACUAAGUACAGCUCAGUUAUAACCGCUGAAAAUGCUUCAUUAUUCAUUUACGGUUGUAUCUGACAGGGUUCAAUAAACUUGCUUCUAAUUUA